AUGGAGAUAUCACAUGAUAAAUCUCAAGAUGAAGAAACAAAUAACAUGAAAAUAACUCAUGAGGAACAUCAUAAAGAAGAAACUGUGACUAUACCUAUAACCACUAAAAAAGAGAAUCAACAAAAGGAAAAUGGUCAAGCUAGUCCUUUUUCCGAAGAAGAGCUCUCUACAAGGGAUGAGCUUGCUCUAGAUACUUUACUAUCAAAAUCAGUUAAUACUAAUACAAAUGGUUCUGAAGAGAAUGUUCCUCAAUCAGACCCAAUGGAUGAAGAUUUUACCACCGUAACUUACAAAAAGAAAAAAGAUAAAAGACCCAGAAAUGACUGCAAAAUAAUUGCAACAAGACAGGUACCAUAUAAAAAGAGACGGAGUAAUGAGAAUUCCUCAAAAGCUCA